AUCAGUAGUUGUGGUAACUUCGCAUGAAACCACGGAGGCAAUGGAAUUCUAAACUCGUUUUACAUAAAAAGAAUUUAAAGUUUUGUAUAUAUUCUUUCCAAAAAGUUUCGAGCUAAAAAUCCUUGUGUAACACUGCAUUAAGUUUAAUCAAUGCGGUUGUAACUGCACAGAGAAGGAUAUACAUUUUAAAAAUCAAUCCCGACCUUAAUAAAACAAAAUAGAAAGUUGCAGUUGAUAACCAUUUGUAAAUCCAAAUCAUACUCAUAUAGAGAAAGAAGCACAAUCAAACUUUCGUUUUGUUAUUAAGGCGGUUAUGUAGCUACAUCAAAAGGGAAUUAUCCUUCACUCCUGAAAGUGGGACGCCACACAAUCUGUACUAAUAAUACGCGGUAUGCAAACAACGGCUUCAUUCACGUCAGUACAACCAAAUAUUUUGAAAGCGAUGCAGCCACAACCCGCACAAAACAUGUAUGUUCAACCGGCAGUCGCCAGCAGUUCCAGCCAAAUGCGUAGUAAUCAAGCGGGCAGUUUAUAUCGAGGACCUUCCGCAAGUCCAGUGCCUCGUAAUGGCGCACGUCACGUCCCAAUGCAAGCCAUGUAUCAACAAACCAUGCAUCAAGGAGUUCAAAGCGUAGUAGUGCAACCUUUCCCACAAUAUCAGCGUCAAGCGUUUCAAGCGCCACCCUAUGCACAAUAUACACAACCAAUGCAGCCAAAUUAUCCAUAUCCAUAUCCCUCGUACUAUUCUGUUCCUGCGCAACGAGGUGCUGUAGGUGUUAAUACUGGUGUUGGUGUAGGUAGCACGAUGUCAGUGCAACCAGGCCCAAAUGGUCCAAUGACAGGUCCACCUGGUGCUACACAAACGCAAUUGCCGUUAACGCCUGGAACGGUGCUUACUGCAAGUUCCGUACCGCCUGGCUCGAAUCCUGCGGUUUUGGGUGUAGCAUCUGCCCCUAGCGGACAACAAGUUGCCGUUCAGUCCAUGGUCGGCGUCGUGCAAACUACAGUUCCUGCACAGCAAGGCCAAAAGUCGACACGUCGACGUGCUCAUGCUCUCGAAAUCAUAGAUCCAAGUACAAAUAAGAAUAUUUUGGAAGAUUUCGAUAGGGCGAAGACAUCUGCAAGAUCAGAUAUUGAUUAUCCUGAACAAAACAUGUUUGUUCAGCAACCGAUUGUUAUGACUGAUCAACUGCGUAAUUUACCAUAUGACAUGAUGGACAUACACCAAAUGGGUCGUGAAGUAACACUUGGCCAGACCCCAGUUGUUUCAGCAAUAACAGAUGGCCCCUCAGUAGAAAUUUUACCGCCAUUACAAAAGCCCAGAUGUAAAAAAAUACUUCCAAUUAUAAAUCCUAAGGAUGGAAAUUCUGUUCAAAGUGCAGAUAUAGACUGUACAAAUUUCAUUAAGAAGGGAAUGAAACAGUUAAAAGACGACGGUUCAUCCCCAAGACUUUGCUUCGGUUUUGAAGUUGCGUACUAACUACUCUAACUUUUUUCUUUCUCAAGUCAAAAUUAAUACUCUCAGCAAGACGGUGCAACAUUCCGUACAGCGAGGAAAUCAAAACUUUAUUCAUACAAAUUUUUGGGGAUAAUCUAACGAAAUGACCUUGCCAAUGGAUCGUAAAAGUCAUCUGAUUAUAUUUCCUUCUAGAACUUUUAUUUCAGAAAAAUUCACUGCUCCUGUGGGAUAGAUGUAAUAUGUAGAAGGUAAUGUACCUACAGUGGCUUAUUUCAUGCAGGCGAACAACUAAAACUUCGAAUGCUGUAUUUGAAAGCUAAAACCAUUUUUGAAAAAUUUUAAAUAUGAUAUAAUUUAUACGCAAUGGCAGUAUAAAAAUGGCAGUACUUCAAAUAUUUUUUUAAGCUUUAAAUAAGAUAUAUAAAAGACCAAAAAACAGUUCAAAAUUUUAUGUCACAGCUUAUUUCAUGCAGUACUCAUUUUUUCUUAAAUGUAAGUUAAACUAAUGAUUUAAAAAUUAUUCAGUACUUUGUGUGGUAUCCCUUGGCUUUAUUAACAGCUUUUAACCUUUCUGGCAUUGACUCCACUAGCUGUUUUGUUACUUCCGGUCCGAUUUUGUUCCACUCCUCUAAAAUUGCGGUUUUUACCUGAUCUCUAUUGCUUAUGUGAUGUGUGCGAAAUUUUGUUUCCAGACCAUAAAUUCUCGAUGACGUUCAUGUCCGGUAAUUGAGCCGGUGGUUGCAUUAAAUGUGGACAGUUCCAUAUGAACCAUGUCUGCACGAUUGCCGCUUUAUGUUUAGGGUCAUUGUCCUGGUAGAAACGGAAAUCUUGAUGUAUUCCAAGUUUCGCAGCACUUUGGAGUAGAUUAUCUUUUAUAAUAUUGAGGUACAUUGUUUUGUCCAUAAUACCCGCGACAAACACUAAAUUUCCUAUUCCGGCUGCUGACAUAUGAUACAUACCCAUACUAUAUAUUACACUGCCACCACCAUGUUUCAUAGUCGGUUUUAUGUUGCUUUUGUGGAGCUCUGUAUUAGGUUUCCGCCGAACGUAAGACAUUCCAUCUGAGCCGAAUGGGUUGAAUUGGUUGGUUGGUUGGUUAAAGCGGUGAUUCUUCCAGAAUCCAACUAGCGCUUCCGCGCCAUUUUGUUGCCACAUCCUCGUUACCAACUUGUUUAACAGUUAUUUACAGCAUAACUAUAUCCAGUCUGUGCGGUUGUUAACGUCUACGCCAGAUAGUUGUUCGAGAUUCUCGAAGAGCGGUUGGUCCAGGGCUAACAUUCUGUCCUUUCAUAGGGCAGGGCAUUCACAGAGGAAAUGGAAGAUUGUCUCCUUUUUCUCCGGUUGUUUGCAACUGUGACAGUAUGUAUUGUGAGGGAUACCCAUUUUGACUGCUUGUUCUCCGAUAGACCAAAAGCCAGUUAUGACUGCCGUUAGUCUCCAGGAGUCCCGUAGUUUCAUUCUUGUUAAUACCGACGAUUGCUUGAGGUUGUAGGUGGGCCAUAACGUUCUGCUAAUUUUGCAUUUCGUCUGGACUUUCCACCUACAGUCCGCGAUUCGGAGGUAUUUUUGGGAAAUUGUACUCUUGACUGCACCUAAUGGUGUGAAUACCGAUUCUGCAAGAGUGUUAUUCAUGGCAGAUCCCCCUCUUGCCAGUUCAUCUGCUUUUUCGUUACCUUCAAUGUUCCGAUGUCCCGGGACCCAGAUUAAGGUAACUUUAUGGUUUUCACUCAUGAUGGUGAGGCUAUUCCUACUUUGUUCCACCACUUUAGAGGUUGUUGUAGCCGAACCCAGUCCCUGGAUUGCAGCUUGGCUAUCCGAGAGAAUAGCGAUAUUACCCCUAAAAGAGAAAUCUGCGAUUAGUAGCCUACAAGCUUCCCCAAUUGCCAGUACUUCCGCCUGGAAGACACUGCUGGUAUUAGGGAGACGCAAAGAUUCUAUUUUAAAUCUGUGAGAAUAUAUACCAGCUCCAACACCGUAGCCCAUUUUACUUCCAUCCGCAUAGGCUGUAGUGUCGAAGUUGUUUAGAGAGAAUCCCUUAUUCCAUUCUUCUUUAGAUGGAAAGAUAGUGGGAAAAUUCGUAUUGAAUGUUACCGUCGGGACGAUGUAGUCAGUUCUCACCGAGAUUAACUGAGUUUGUCGCAAUAAUAGAUUGGCAUGACCAUAAGUUUUUUCUCUCCAGCGACCCGCUUCAUUCAACCUAAAUGCACUCAUGGUUGCCGUCUUCUUAAUAUGUAGGUCAAUUAAAUAACGUGUGUCAGUGCAUUGAGAGCCUCUCAAGGACAUGAUCUGAUUGCACCGACCGUUAUGGCACAGGCUGAUCUUUGUAUUCUGCCGAGUAGUUUGGUAUUGUACUCUCUCCCUAGAGCCUUCCACCAAACUACCGAACCAUACGAUAAAAUAGGUCGUAUUACCGUCUUAUACAACCAUAAUGUAUGCUUAGGUUGAAGACCCCAUCUUUUUCCAAGCAUACGUUUACAGGCAUAUAAAGCAAUUUCUGCCUUCCUUACCCGUUCUUCAACAUUUAAUUUCCAGCUUAGUUUAGAGUCCAGAAUUACCCCUAAGUACUUUGCGCUGGGUGAUAGUGGGAGAGUUUAUCCGUUAAUAUUUGGUAGGGUAAAAGGUGGUACCUUAUAUCUGGUGGUGAAAAGCAUAAGCUCUGUUUUACGUGGGUUUAAACCUAGGCCACAGCCUGUGGCCCAAGAGUUAAGCUCGCCUAAUGCCCUUUGGAUGACCCCACUGAUCGUAUUAGGACACAGUCCUGACGCCAUUAACACCACAUCAUCAGUGUACGCCACCGCUUUUACCCCACCUUUAUUAAGUUUUGUUAAGACUUUGCUAAUAACGCAUAACCAGAGAAGUGGAGAUAAUACUCCCCCCUGUGGGGUGCCUCUGUGGACCUUCUUGGUUAGACUGAUAUUACCCAUAUUAGCUUUGAUGAUCCUGGUUUCUAGUAUAGAGAUGACCCAAAUACUGAUGCAAUUGUCCACCUCUAAGUCUAUCAAUGCCCGUUGGAUCGCAUCUGUACUAACAUUGUUAAAGGCGCCUUCUAUAUACAAGAAUGCCGCCAUGGUAUAAUGUUUGUUCUCUAGAGAGCCCUCUAUUGUUCGGAUUACCUCGUGGAGCGCUGUCUCCGUAGAUUUGCCUUUAAGGUACGCAUGUUGUGCAGUAGAUAUACCAGAGCUCUCCAAAGAGCUUCUAAGAUAUAUAUCCAAAAGUCUUUCAAAGGUUUUUAACAGGAAAGACGAAAGACUGAUUGGCCUAUAGUCCUUCGCUGAUUCAUGUCCCCUCCUGCCUAUUUUUGGAAUGAAGACGACCUUGACUAGUUUACAACUAUCUGGAAUAUGACCUAGGUUUAAACACGCUUUGAAAAUUUCUUCUAGCCAUGGUAGGAUACAGUCCAAGGGUUCCUGUAACAUCUUUGGGAUGAUCCCAUCUGGCCCCGGAGAUUUAAAAGGUGAAAAAGAUUUAAUUGCCCAUGCAACUUUCUCCUUUGUAAUUAUUUCUUUUGCAAGGUGCUGUGGAUUAUAUUGUCCGCAUGAUACUUCCCCUCCCACUUUCGUGGACGCUGCACCCCGGGAAAUACGUGUUUGGCAGAAGUUCUAGCGAUUCUUCUGUCGUAGCUGUCUAAGUACCAUCAGGCUUCUUGACCCAAGAAGCCAUUGAAUGAUCUUUGGACAGAAAACGGCUAAGCCUGGCAGAAUCCCUGGUGGAUUCGAUUGACGAAAAAAAUUCGCUCCAGCUCUCUUUAUUAGCGGCCCUAAUUACCUUCUUGUGCUGUCUCCGACUCUCUUUGUACAAUUGCCAAUUUCCUGUCGAGUAGCUGAGGUUAAACGUUGAUCUAGAUUUUUCUUUUUGAGAGCUCACUGCUCCACCGAGGAGGAUGGGAUUUUUUGCUAAAUUUUAUGGGGCAGGACGUUUUGUAGGCCCUCCUAAAUGCUUUCUCCAGUGUUGUGACCCUACUCUCAAGGUUUUCGGUGAAAGUGAUUUUGUGGAUAGGAAUCUCUCCUAUCCUUUUAUUGACUAUGUUUCUGAACCUUUUCCAGUUGGUUCUUAGUGGAUUUUUAUACGGUAAGGGCGUGAUUACCAUUCGGAAUUCACCGAGAGGUCGUUAGUUCGAAUCUCGGUGAAGGCAAAAUUAAUAAAAACAUUUUUCUAAUAGCGGUCGCCCCUCGGCAGGCAAUGGCAAACCUCCGAGUGUAUUUCUGCCAUGAAAAAGCUCCUCAUAAAAAUAUCUGCCGUUCGGAGUCGGCUUGAAACUGUAGGUCCCUCCAUUUGUGGAACAAUGUCAAGACGCACACCACAAAUAGGAGGAGGAGCUCGGCCAAACACCUAACAGAAGUGUACGCGCCAAUUAUUUAUUUAUUUAAGGGCGGAUCAACAUUAAGAUCCAGAUCGUACAGGAUCCAGCUGUGAUCCGAAAAAGACCUUUUAUCAGAGACCCUCCAAUUGUCUAACCUUACUGAGCUGUUUUCAGACAUUAGGGUAACAUCGAUCACUUCCUCCCAUCCCCUGAAGUACUCCGUACGUGGAAAGGUGAAAGUGGGAGUGUUACCCAUGUUACAUACCGACAAGUUAGUGUUAAUUAUGAAAUCAUAAAGAGACUCCCCUCGGUCGUUUGUUUCGGAGCUUCCCCAUAGAGUAUGCCUUGCAUUCGCAUCGCAUCCGAGAAGCAGGGUUUUGUUCGGGUUUUCCUGCACAAGUUUACGGGCCUCCUCAGGCGGUGCUGGUCUUUCGGGUGCCAUGUAUAUAGAGGUAAGCAUUAUUCUGACUCCGUCAGUGGCUUCCACCUCAACAGCCGUCACAUCCUGUGAACUAUAUAAUGGAAUUAAAAAUGUGUUUAAGUAUUUUUUAGCUACAAUACGUGUUCUGGGACUAUUACCUUCUAUCCGUUUAUAGUAGAUAUUGUAGGUUUUCUCAGUGAACCCUUUCACCUCGGUGCUCCGCACCCAGGGUUCCUGAAUUAGUGCGAUGUCCACGUCCCCCUCCGCCAGGAGAACGGUUAGGUUGUCCGUUGCAGACUGUGAAUGUUGCAGAUUAAUUUGGACAACCUUUAAACCCAUGUUUAUUGGUUUCCUUUUUCGGACUCGGUGUCAUCAAGCUGCAUGCCAGUCAGCAGUUCGUUGGCACCAUCGACCUCAUCCUGCUCCUCUUCCGGGUUUGCAGAACGGAAUAUCUUCAGCUGGAUCUUUCUAAUGCCAAACCGAAGUUUUUUUUCCCACUUUCUCCAGUGGUUCCAGACUCUCUUCUGUAAUUAGAAGGAGGAAAGACCUGCUGUGCCUUUGCGGAGCCUCCGCUUUCGACACCGAGCGAUUAUGCGCCUGAAGGUAGGGGAUUAGUUGAUUGGCUUCAACCUCCAUGUUUGGUACCCAGAUGCGAGCCCUCUGCAUUCGUGAAAUCUCGCUAGCCGGAAUUAGCUUGAGUUUCAAGCCUUCCCAGCUGUUCUGGAUUUUACCAAUCACGUUUGUCAGAAAAUGCAGUGAGAAUUGGUCAUCGCAUUUAAUGACACGGUAACCGCGGACUACCUCCACCGAGUCGAAACCUGGUGUUUGGCCCUCCGGGUUCGCCAUGACAUAGUCAACGACUAUGCGAGACAAACGUGCCUCAAUCUCUGACCAUUUGUCAAGAACUGGUUUUCCGCGGUUCGAGGUUUCGUCUACCAAUGCCAUUUGAAGAUGGUUCCGUGCCACCUCACUAAAUCGCUUGAUAGGUUUGGAGGCAACUGCGACCUGAUCCAUGAGCGGUGACGAAAGGGGAUAAAGGGGAAAUAUCCGGUCAACCAUGGCAGCGCCCCAUACCAUGGCAAGGCCACCGUUACAACCUGGGGCGGCCUGAUAUCAGAUGCGCUCCGUACGAAGACAGCCUUAUUUAGUCCCCCGGCUGCCAAACCCACCCAAUAGGCACAGGUCGCAUCACACCUUGGGUUGAGGGAGUUUUUUUGACGAAGUUUACGUCUUCGACCUGUGUGGUUCGCGGGAGACCUACUCUCCAACCUUCCAUAUCUGGGAGGUGUUCCCCAAAGGGGGGUUGAAUUUGGACUCGUCAGAAAAUAUUAUCGUUUGCCAGAAGUCAAAUCUUUAAUUUCGAGUUCUCUGGAGAAGGCAACUCGGCUCAAUUGAUUUAUUUAUGAAUGGCUUCGUUCGUGCUACUCGACCAUUAAAGUCCUUUUCACGUAGUACCCGUCGUACUGUUUCGACGCAACAUGAUUUGCCCACUUCCUGCGGAAUUUCGUUUAGCAGUUUUGGAGCCGAUAGCAUUGGGGUUUCUUUUAUUUUUCGAAGAAUUUAACGCUCAUCACGUUCCUCAAAAAUUUUAUUUGGGGCACAUCCGCCUUUAUUUUGCACCCGAUUUUCAUGAACGAAGCGUUCAAUGAUACUUUGUACUGUAGCACUACUCAAACAACCUAUUUCCGCAAUUUUUCGCUGCGACUUUCCGCUUUGAAAAUACUUGAUGACCAGUUCACGCUGUUCAAUCGUAGUACGUCGGCAAAUUUUUUGUAAAUUUUUAUAUUGCCCACUUGUCUAUCACAAACAUACUAAAAAUUGCAUAGAACAAUAACUGUUCGCUAGUUACAUAAACCAGAAAUUCAAAAUACCGUUAACCAAGCGACUAGCCGCCGCCACAACAUAAACAAGUGCUUACAUGAAAUAAUCUGUGAGCAAAGAUAACGCAUUGUGCUUGCAUUUCAUCCCGUAGUGUGAGUGGGACUAUAUUUCCACGAAUUCUGCUCUACUUAUUAUGUUAGCAAAUGCCGAUGCCGGUAUCUAUUAUCAGAGAAUGUUAAUGCAAUGAGAAGGAGCAAAUGUUAAAUGAGCUUUUUUCAAGUUCUAAUUUGUAGAUUCAUUAUAAGGUAACUUCAAAUUCAACUUUGCUUACGAGUGGAGAAUUGCAGAUAUUUACCACGCGAGUGGAGGGUUUCUAUAUUUACUUACCACGCUAGGACAGGAAUUCAGAUUUUUUCUGCGUUUACCAAACUACUGAGGAAGUUCAUAAGAUUUUUCGGCACACUACUAAGGAAAUCGACAUGGCAUGAAAUAACCCACAGCGAAGCGAAUAAAUUUGCGAUUAAGAAGGCCGCGCGGCAGUUAAUUUGUGGUGCAGAAGCUAAAGUCGGCGGAAUUAUUCGUUUUGUUUUUUGGCACGUAUUUAAUUCAGGUUCAAGUCCUGAAGUCAUUUUUUUUUUUCUUGCACAUUUUUUUUUUACAAUUGAAACCAGGAAAGUUUGGUAAAAUUGUUGAGUUUAUUUUAAUUAAAAUUUCUUUAAAAUACUGUUUUUUUUGUAUUUCAUAAAUGGAAAUUUCUUUUCGGUAUAAAAUAGUUCAUACUGGAUAUGACCUGAUUUUUAUAUAAAUCAAUCAAAACAGAAAAUAUGUACAUACGUCUUUAAUCUCUUUCAUCAAAUCCAAAUUAUAUUGAUGAGAAAAUAUCAUUCUAAUAUCCGUCCAGAAAGCCAAACGCGCAUACACAGACACAUAUGCAUAUAAUUACGCAUACAAACUUUCAACUAACGCAGAUUAUGUGCAUAUAAAACUGCGAAUCGAAUAAAUGAGUGAUUUAGAAAGGUUCAUUAGUAAUUAUAGUUUAGCGCAAUAGUGAAAGACGUGUUGCGUAUGCAGUACAUCGUCCCAUAUUUGACUCAGGUUCAAGUCCUGUACACAGUUUUUUGUUCGAUAUUUUUAUUUCAUUUUUUAUAUUUGGUUUAAUUAGAAUUGAUUUAAAAUAGUGUAUUCAGGUUUUUCUAAUACCUGUUAUUUAGAAAUUUAUUUUCUAUAUAACAUUAUUCAUACUUCUUUUGAAUUAAUUUAUAUGUAAAACAGCCAUAAAGGCAAUCAUAUGAAUAUGCAGUCCUAUAUUAAAUCUCUUCAGUCAAAUCUGAACUACUUACAUACACAUAUUGAUGAGAAAAUAUUCUAAUAUCCAUGGAUGCAUCCAGAAAGCCAAACGCGCAUACACGCAUAUGUAUACAAAUAUAUACAAACCUUCAACGAACGCAAAAUGUAUGCAUAUAAAAAACAACAACUGCGACCGUCUUCUUGUCCGUCAGUGAAAAGAUGGGAUAUGUAUACCCUAUGAGCAAAAAGAACCGGGAAGGUGAUGUUGACUGUUUCCUUCGAUUGCCAAGGCAUAGUCCACCAUGAGUACCUUCCAUCGGGCCAGACAGUCAAUAGAGAAUAUUAUUUAUCCGUUUUGAAACCUUAGAGAGAUGCUGUGUGUUGCAAACCGCCGGAAAUGUGAGCAAACAAUUCUCAGAUUUUGCAUGAUGAUAACGCGCCAUCGCACUGACCAAAGAGAAUAAAAAUCGGCCUGCCGGGGGUGUUUGGAGGACUGGGUUAAACGUUGGCACAUGUGUGUUGCUUCAGACGGGUUAUAUUUUGAAGGAGAUAAUAUAAAUUUGCCUUAAAUUUAACUCUGUUUUGUUUAAUUUAAACAUUCCCGGUACUUUGUGAUCAUAAGGUACAUAUAUGCGGCUUUGCGGACAGCAAUGUGUGAUUCGCUGGAAGUCGCAUUAACUCGCGACUGUCGCAUAGUUAGAAGACAUAUUUACAUACAUAAAUACGGAUCCGCGGCCACUCGACAUGACAAAAAUUCAAGAUUUAUCAAAUAUUGGCAAAUAAUUCCACGCGAAAUAUUCCAAUAUUGACUAUUUUCGAGUGGUCGCGAAAAUUGGCAUAUGGGCGGCUCGUUUACGAAUGAAAUUGAAAUAUGAGCUCGAAACUUAUGAAUGAACUUUUUGUUUUUGUUCUAAAAUUGUUCAGCGCCGUCGCUGAUAGAAUCAUGGCCGCUGCGACUGCGUCUACGAAUGUAUUUUGUUUUCGUAGUCGCUAGGCUUAGAAUUUAGCUUCGGGCGACAUGCACAUGUGAGGUAUGUGUGUUUGUUGUGUUCUAGAACAUUUUAGAAUGUGUGGUGGCAAAGCGGCCAUCGCGUUGCGCUUGCUGUUGCAUUUGCGUCUAUCAAAAUAUUGUGUUUUUGUAAGUACAAUAUUAGGAAUAUCGACUGGUGAAAGACAAAAGUACACGGAAUCAAGAAGGGAGCGCUGUGCUCGCGCAUAUAUGCAUGAAUGUAUGAACGUGCAUGGAUGUAGUAACAUAUGAAUACAAUUAUUUUGUAGGAAGUUUAGAAGGCAAGUAGGUAUAUAUGUAUGUAUGUAUAUAUGCUAGGACAUAAAGUGGUUAUAUAUACAUACAUAGAGCAAAAUUGUUUUUGCACUUGUUAGAAAGACACUCGUUCACUAGUGCGUAUGUGUAUUUGAUUUCUUGUAAGAAUGUGAUGUGCUGUGACAUGUGUACAUAUGUACAUAAAUCAAGGUUAUUGGGCAUACAUGCAUAUGUACAUAUGUAUGAAAGGAAGAUGAUGUUCUUACGCUUGUGCAUUAUUGUUUUUCAUAUACAAAUGUACAUACAUACAUACAUAUGUAUGUAAAUGCUGUCGAAUACAUUAACUAUAAAGUGACAUACAAUAUAAAAUAAGUGUUGAUUUAUCUUAAACCGUUUUAUUUUCUGACAUGUACAUACAUACAUAUUAUGUAUAUUGUCAUAUACCAUCAUUUAUGUACAUAUAGAGUAUGAAUGUAUGUAAUGAAAAACUUCAUGAAUUACCUUCAGAAUUUAUUAAAACUUAUUCGCGUCGCGCGCAUACAUAUCUACGUAGACAUCACAAACCUUUUGUUCACAACGCAGGCGCAGAAAUAAACGCUCUGCGUAUUUAUCCUCCCCACGUGACUCGCCAUCAAUUCUCGGCGCAAAUUUUUUUUUUUUCGUUUUUAAAUUUUUUUUUUUAAUGUAUCUAAUCGUGAAAAUUUGUAAUAAAUUUUAUGUAUCCGCUUAUCAUUUCAAAAAUAACAAAAUGGUAAAAAAAUAAGCAGUCGAAGAAAUAAACGCACCGCCUAUUUUUCCUCGCCACAUGUUAGACUCGAUUUCAAUUCCCGGCGCAAACUUUUUUUUAUUAAUUUUUUUUUUUUUUUUAUUAUGUAAUAAAUUUUACGCUUAUUAUUUCAAAAAUACGAAAAUAGUAAAAAUUUAAUUGGUUUAUUGUCGAGGUGAGAAAUGUGUUGUGUGUUGAGGUGAAAGAUGUGUGGUGUUUCUAAUUUUUGUGUGGGCAAAAGUCAGUGAGGUGUCUAUAAACUCGGAAUGCUAAAUUCCCUUACUUCAAAUCUUUCAAAUCUCAAUUGUACUAAAAAAAGCUCACAGUAACAUUUGCACCUUAUCAUUGCAUUAACAUUCUCUGCUAUUAUAGAGCGUUAUCUUUGUCUCAUCAGAAAAAAGCAUUAUCCUAAUAUUUCACUGCGUGCGAAACAUGAGUAGAGUAAAAGAAAGUUAGAAAGUUUGUCAACGUUUGUAUACGAUAGUAAUAACACUUUUCUUGCACUUCUUUAUGAGUUUUAAGAGAACUCUUCGGACUGUUUCGUGACCUAUUCCCACACCCUGCGGUGUACACGCUCCAACCUGUAUAUCAACAUGGACAUGUUGGAUACACGGUUAUAUCAUGUAUAGUAUGCACUACAGCUGAUUUCCAUGUUAGUCCAACGGUUGCAUGAAAAUUAAAAUGUUUCAAGUUUUUGCGGGACGAGUUAGCGGUUCCACAAUGAGUUUCUCUUUUUAGUGGUUCGGGCAAAAAAAAUGAAAUGCAAAUAUAUAAAAAAAAAUUAAAAAUAUAAAACAAAAAAAUAAUAAAUAAAAA